UUUACACAACGGCUUGAGUCAUCAGAGAGCGACAUGUUUAGUUGCAUUACUUCCUACAUGCUUAACGCGUCCUUGGGACUCCUGCAUUUCAGAACAUGACUAAUGAACACUUUUAUUAGUUUAAUAAUAAUUACAGACAGUGUAUGAGGUGAUGCACCGCGUUUGAACACCUGAGGAGAGAUGAGCGCUCCUAACGCCAGUGAACGCAAAGCCUGCUGGGCUGCCAGAGACGAGCUCUGGAAGUGUCUAGAUGUCCACCAAGACCAAACGUCUGCCUGUGAGAAGCACCAGCGGGAGUUUGAAGCCAAGUGUCCUGCCCAGUGGGUGAAGUAUUUCGCCAAACGGAGGGAUUUCUUGAAGUACAAGGAGAAAAUACAAAAGGAAGGCUACGAACCAACUGAAGGAGCGUCAAAAUUAUAGCCGUCGGAGGAAAUGACGACACUGGACUCUAAAAGUUAUUGCGUUUUUGUCCCGUCUUAUAAUUUAUCUGAAUGAAUCUGUGCUUCAGUGUGGUGUUUGAAAUGCAAAAUAAAUAAAUGAACCAAAAAUA